AUGUAUUACUUUCUUAGGGCGCUAGCAGUGGCACUCCCCCUCGCCCAAGCGGCAGAUAUAUACGUCUCGCCCACCGGCGCAGACACCGCAGCCGGGACAAUCGACGCGCCGCUCCAGUCCAUCCAAGUUGCAGUCGACCAGGCGACUCCGGGAGACACUAUAUACCUUCGGAAGGGGACAUACGCCCCAUCGUCUAACAUCCAAAUCACGAAGAGCGGCACGGCGUCAGCACCAUACACGCUUCGUGCUUACAAAAGCGAAAAGGUGACUAUCGACGGGGAGGAUCUUCCUGGCACACCCGCCGACCUAGACGCUUCUCUCCCAAACGAAGACCGCGGCAUCAUCCACGUCCAGGACGCAGAAUACUGGGUGAUUAGCGAUCUCGUCCUCGUGAAUGGCCCGUACGGAGUGUAUGCGCGCGAUGCGUCGAACAACCGCUACGAGAGCCUCGUCACGGCGAAUAAUUACGAGACCGGGUUCCAGAUGCAGGGCGCGUCCGCGAAUAACACCGUGCUGUAUCUCGACUCGUACGGGAAUCGCGAUCCGCGCAAGAAUGGGGAGAGCGCGGACGGGUUUGCUUGUAAGGAGGGGGAGGGCGAGGGGAAUUUGUUGAAGGGGGCGAGGCUGUGGCAUAAUGUUGAUGAUGGGUUGGAUCUUUGGGAGUUCAAGUCGGCUGUGACGAUUGAGGAUACCAUCUCAUGGGGGAAUGGGUUCAACCGAUGGGAUUUCACCCCCUUCGAAGGCGACGGCAACGGCUUCAAGCUCGGCGGGGGCGACGACGCAGACAUCGGACCGGCGAACCACGUCAUCACGAACUGCUAUGCGUUCAACAACGCCAAAGAUGGAUUCACCGAUAAUUCACAGCCCGGAGAUUUCAAGCUGACGCGCAACACCGCAUGGAAUAAUGCUAAGGUAGGGUUCAAAUUUGGGACGGCUGUAGCUACACUGACUGGGAACGUCGCGGCCGUCAAUGGGGAGAAGCCGACGUCGUUGAGUGACGGGCAGGUUUCCCAGGGCAACUCCUGGGAUGGAAGUGCAAACUGGGGCAAUAGCAGUUUCGUCACAGUAGACAGCGAGCUGGUGAAGGGGGCUCGAGACGCGGAUGGCAAGAUCGCCAGCAGCCCGUUCUUGGUGCCGGCAUCUGGGGAGGAGAUUGGGGCUCGGACAGAUUGGGCUUAA